CGACGCCGCCAGAGCGACCAGAGCCAGGGCUCGCAGUCCACACUCCACCCUCUGUCCUUUGGGGCAGGUGAGAGAGACAACCCCAGCUUCGGCGCCGGAUCAACGUCGGGGUUGCCUUUGACGACACGCGAUAACGAAAGCACUCCCUCCGGCCGAAAGCUGCCCUCGUGACAACCUGGGAAGAUCCCGAACAAAAGAUCAAUCACGAACACACUGACCAUUGGCCUGCCUGCCGUCAAACAACAAGCAUCUUUACGACAGAUCUGUAAAUGCCAUCGGCCACUGCAUUCUUGUGCCGAAACAUUGCCACACCGAACAAGAACCCCGCCAUUGCAUCCCUCACCGUCGUCCUUCGACCCCUCCAUUCCCACGCUCGAUUCUCGACCUCGGCCCGCACAAUGGCUCCCCCGGCAGCUGCCCUCGACUUUGUCGACUUCGUCAACGCUUCUCCUACACCCUACCACGCCUGCGCUACCGCCGCCGCCCGUCUCGAGAAGGCCGGCUUCACAAAGAUCAAGGAACGCGAUUCCUGGAACUCGACGCUGCGUCCCGGCGGCAAGUACUACCUCACCCGCAAUGGCUCGUCCAUCGUCGCCUUCGCCAUCGGCAAGAAGUGGAGGCCCGGCAACCCGGUCGCCAUGAUCGGCGCCCACACCGACUCCCCGACCCUUCGCAUCAAGCCCGUCUCCAGGAGGAGCAACGUCGGCUUCUUGCAGGUCGGCGUCGAGACCUACGGCGGCGGCAUCUGGCACAGCUGGUUCGACCGCGACCUCAGCAUCGCCGGCCGCGUGCUCGUCAAGGACGCCGACGGCAACUUUGUCCAGAAGCUGAUCAAGGUCGACAAGCCGCUGCUGCGCAUCCCCACCCUGGCCAUCCACCUCGACCGGAGCUCCACCUUCGACCCGAACAAGGAGAACGAGCUGUUCCCCAUCGCCGGACUGGCCACCGCCGAGCUGAACAAGGGCGCCCCGGCCCAGCAGCCCGGCGCCGACGACGCCGACGGAGAGGACUUCAGACCUCUCAAGGCCAUGACGGAGCGCCACCACCCUCACAUCCUCGACGUCAUCGCCUCCCACGCUGACGUCGAGCCCGAGGCCGUCAUCGACUUCGAGCUGGUCCUGUACGAUGUGCAGAAGUCGUGUCUGGGCGGUCUCAACGACGAGUUCAUCUUCUCGGCCCGCCUCGACAACCUCAACAUGACGUACUGCUCCGUCGAGGGCCUCAUCGCCUCGGUCCGCGAGCCCGACGUCCUUGACAACGAGACGACGAUCCGUCUCGUCACCUGCUUCGACCACGAGGAGAUCGGCUCCACCUCGGCCCACGGCGCCAACUCGAACCUCCUCCCCGCCGUCCUCCGCCGCCUCGCCUCGCUGCCGGGCAGCCGCGACACGGCGUCGGACGGCUCCUACGUGGCCGUCUCCCACGACGGCGACUACGAGUCGACGGCCUACGAGCAGACGCUCUCGCGCUCCUUCCUCGUCUCCGCCGACAUGGCCCACUCGGUGCACCCCAACUACGCCGGCAAGUACGAGUCGAGCCACCAGCCGGCCAUGAACGGCGGCACCGUCAUCAAGGUCAACGCGAACCAGCGGUACGCGACCAACUCCCCGGGCAUCGUGCUGCUGCAGGAGUGCGCGCGCCUCGCCGGCGUGCCGCUGCAGCUGUUCGUCGUGCGCAACGACUCGCCCUGCGGCAGCACCAUCGGUCCCAUGCUCAGCGCCAAGCUCGGCGUCCGGACGCUGGACCUGGGCAACCCCCAGCUGAGCAUGCACUCGAUCCGCGAGACGGGCGGCAGCGCCGACGUCGAGCACGCAAUCAAGUUGUUUGAGAGCUUUUACGAGCGGUUCGGCGAACUGGAGGAGAAGAUUCUCGUGGAUUAGGGAGCAGAGGAGAGGCAACGGAGAGGGUGUGGGUGUUUGGGGCUGGAGUGAGGCGUUCUGUGUAGAUGUUGCGGCACUGUAGCAGCAGGCUGACGAGAAAAUAAUUUGAAAUUGUUCAUUCCACCGUUUAGGUUUGAUGACUGGUGUAGCGACAACGUCAGUGG